CAGUUCAGUUUCUUUACUGGUUUAUUUGGAAGGAUUUGUUUUCUAAACUUUCUGAAUCUAAGUGCAGUUUCACACCCCGUGCAGCAGGGGUCGCUGUCGGUCGCCUCAUYGUGUUGAUUACUCUCCUAACGUCCGCCUCCGCUCUYGGUCGCUUUGUUUUGAAUAGAUUAGCUUGUUUCCAGCUAACCGGAGUCGGAAUGGAGGAGGAUCCGGAGACCGGGAAUUCAUCCCGGACGGAGAGAAAAGCGUUGGAAAAAGCCAAAAUACUACAACGUGAAAGAGAGAGAAAAGUUUUCCGACUGGUCGGACGGGUUCUGAAGAAGCCUGAAGCUGAGCGGUCGGAGGAAGAGGCCGCAGCGCUGCUGCUACACAGAGAGGCCGUGGACGAGCUCUGCAGGAGGCAGAUUCGAAGAAAUGUCCUGAAGAGGAAGCAGGAGGAGGUGUUUGACGAUGCUGAUGAAUUGAAGAGUAAAGUCAAGCAGCUGGCUGCAGCUGUCAAGCAAGCCAAUCACCUGGUGGUUUAUACUGGAGCAGGAAUCAGCACRGCAGCCUCCAUCCCAGACUACAGAGGCCCUAACGGGGUGUGGACGCAGCUGCAGAAGGGCCGCACCGUAAGCUCUUCAGACUUGAGCAAAGCUGCACCAACCGUCACACACAUGUGUAUCAGGAUGCUGCAUAAAGAGACGCUCGUAUGUUAA